AUGCAAAUCCUCCGAGUCAGCAGCAGCAGCCGCGGCAAGCAGCGCAGAGGCGGUUCAAGUUUCAGUUCUGGUUCUGGCAGGGGUGGUUUGCCUGCGCAGGGUCAGAAGAGGAGCAGAGAGGAGACUUCUAGGGUUAGUCAGAUUCCUCGAGGUUCGUGUUACGGGUGUGGGAGCACGGAGCAUCGUGAUUCGAGUUGUCCCACGAGGGAGUCAGCACCGAGGGUGUGUUACUACUGCAAGGAGCCUGGGCAUAUCAAGCCCAUGUGUCCUAAGUUGCGGAGUAUGUCAGUGGCUUUAGUUCAGCCAGUAGCGGCUCAGCCAUUGAGUCAGAUUGCAGCAGUGCAGCUGUUGGGUCAGAUUGCACCGGUGCCGCGGGGUUAUUCUUCGGUGGAGACAGGGGGGACUAGUCAGACCGGUUUUAUCUGUAAUAGAAUUGUGGAGGUUCUCAACGCAUUUGAAUGUGUAGGGACCUUGUUAGUGGGCGGUUUUGAGUCCUACGUGUUGUCUGACUCGGGAGCAUCUAAUUGCUUCAUUACACCGGAGCGUGCCGAGAAGAGUGGCAUCCGGAGUAGCGCUGGUGAGUGCGCGGGCAUGGUCAAGGUGGCGGGAGGUGGAGUCUUGUCUACUUUGGGCCGUGCUAGAGGAGUCGAUAUCGAGAUUGCGGGGCAGUCAAUGCCAGUAGACGGUAGAGUGGUCUUCGAGCGAGAUGCAGGGAGGUUGGUUUAUCAGGGAGUGAGGCCGACUUCCGGGAGUAUUGUGAUUUCUGCUAUUCAGGCUGAGCAGUGGAUAGAGCAGGGUUGUGAGGCGUAUCUGGUGACGAUUUAUAUGUCGGAGUCAAGAGCUGGAGUUGUUAUGGGUGAUAUCGAGGUUGUCCAGGAGUUCGAGGAUGUGUUUCAGUGA